AUGCCACUUCAAACAAAUCUCAAUGAUCUAUGCAAUGAUCAAUCUUUGAUGGAGGAUGUAUGGAUCACCCCUUCAAUGGGUGAUGUUCCUCGUUGGCUAGAGGACCAAGAUAUUCACGACGGAAUUCGUGCAAUGUUGAAGAGAGAUAGAUGUAUUGAAGAGCAGUGGUGUCUUGGGCUGGAGGCAGACAAUCUCUGCAGAUGGGUCAGUGACAAGCUUUUGGCAAUAGAACUUGCCCUUUUGACACCUGGUAUGCAAUUUGCAUCUCGCACAGUGGAUGCUGUAUCCCUUGUUCAAAAGCUAUCAGGUGUCUCUAGAGGGUGUCCACUUCAAUGGAUCAAUACAUUUGCUGUCUCAUAUGUUAUACCUACUGAGGAUGAAGAGCCUAAACCAGAAGUGUUUGUUGAAACUGAUCACACUGCUUUACUACUUGAAGACACCAUCCUUGUGGACAUCCUGACUGCUAGAGUCACUGGAGCAUUACUUGUUCUGAUGGCAUGUCAUUCGACCAAAGGCCUCUACCGGAUGCAGGGAUCAUUAUUCCAGGCACCAUCAAGACACAAGUAUCUGCUCCUCACCACAGAUGUCCUCAUCAAUUUUGCUGAGCGGAAGCCUUGGAAACUGGAUAUUAAGGACAUCAUGAAACUGAUUGCUCGUCUUUUGAGCAUCACUCAACAACGCAAUCACACCAUUCAUGUCAACAUCAACUUUGAUGGAUGGGUUGCACGUCCUCUGAUGACUGAAGCAGUCCAAACACACAGUUUUGACUGCGGUGUCUGGGUGCUUGCUGUGAUUGCAGCAACACUACAUGGGAACCACUGCACGAGUCUUGGAGAGGAAGACAUGCACAUUUUUCGUCAUUAUCUAAGAACACUCAUACUUCAGAUUCCAGUAUUCUAG